UAGUGACACUUUCCCCAAACUGCAGCUUUGACUCUCGGUGAAGGGACGUACAGUCGACGCGGGGAAGCACCACACUCGAGAGGCAAAGAUUUGUCCCUCUGGUCCGGCUCCUUCUUCCACAGAGGAUCUCCCAGAGCAGCUCUGAGGAUGUCUGCGCGCUGUGUUGGGUAAAUACAUAUCAGGGCGCACAGCACACCCACGUUGCGUAUCCCACCCCCCCCAAAAAAACGCACCGACCUCUCCGCGGCGCGCUGGAACAAGAAGAACCGGGAUUGUGCCACUUCUCCGGGCUUGUUCGGUGUCCGGGAGCUCGUUGCCUGCUGGGACCAAAGACGGGGCUUCGCCGACUGACAUGCAACGUGGUCAGCGUUAAAUGCGGCGUGCCAUCCAAAAGGCAGAGUUUAUCCUGAGUGAAUCCAAAUGCAGGGUUGAGAUUGACUGGAGCGACGGACCGAGGUGAAACCGUCCCGUUCGCCCCGCUUCAGCCCGCAGAGGAAGACAGAAGCAGAACUCAGAGCAGCGGUUUGUGUUCGCGACUCUUUUUACUUUUCGGACUGACUUUUCUAAGAGGUGACUCUGCAGAACUACGUGUUUAUGGAUCGCUGCGCAGCGAGGAGCACCGGGACUUUCAGGCUACGCGCGUACGCACCGAUCAUGUCUACACCUCUCUGUUCCUGUGAACUUUGAUAGAUGUUUGCAUUAAUAACUCACAGAUUGAGAAAAGAGAAUUCAAUCAAUAAGCUCAGAUAAAGUCAGACUGACCUGGAGGAAGUGGGAAGCGCCUUUUUUCGUCCUUCCUCUUUUUUUUUUUCCUCCUAAGACGUCAGGACGGAUCUCUAUCACCCAGCCUGACUCUGCUUCUGUGAUUUAAACAAAGACCAAAGUGUUUGGGGAUAGCAUGGCAAUGGUAGUAAACCAGUGGUCAGAGAACAUUUCUGCAGAUCCGGGGUCUCAGCUCCAGAUUUGCGGCCAGGAGCCCGGCGGGGCACCGGGGACGCCCAACGGUUCCACCCCGGGGAACGACGCACUUUCCGGGGACAAGAUCUCCAACGUGGACUGCAUGGUGUGCGGGGACAAGUCCAGCGGGAAGCAUUACGGUCAGUUCACCUGCGAGGGAUGCAAAAGCUUCUUUAAGCGCUCGGUGAGGCGGAACCUCACGUACACCUGCCGGGGGAACCGAGACUGCCCCAUCGACCAGCACCACCGGAACCAGUGUCAGUACUGCCGGCUGAAGAAGUGCCUGAAAGUGGGCAUGAGGAGAGAAGCUGUACAACGAGGACGCACAUCGAACUCCCAGAGCAGCCCGGGACAGUACCUGACCAACGGCACCGACCCGUACAACGGCCAACCCUACCUCUCCGGUUUCAUUUCUCUGCUGCUGCGCGCCGAGCCCUACCCCACGUCUCGCUACGGGGCCCAGUGCAUGCAGGGAAACAACCUGAUGGGCAUCGAGAACAUCUGUGAGCUGGCGGCCAGGCUGCUGUUCAGUGCCGUAGAGUGGGCCAAGAACAUCCCCUUCUUCCCAGACCUGCAGCUCAUGGACCAGGUGGCGCUGCUGCGUAUGUCAUGGAGCGAGCUCUUUGUCCUCAAUGCCGCCCAGUGCUCCAUGCCGCUCCAUGUGGCCCCUCUGCUGGCAGCGGCCGGCCUGCACGCCUCGCCCAUGUCCGCGGAGCGCGUGGUGGCCUUCAUGGACCACAUCCGCGUCUUCCAGGAGCAGGUGGAGAAGCUGAAGGCCCUGCAGGUGGACACGGCUGAAUACUCCUGCCUCAAGUCCAUCGUGCUCUUCACGUCCGGUGAGUUUGAAUGAAGCACGUGCGCGGAA